AUGGAAGGGAAAGGUCCUUAUCGCAUCUAUGAUCCAGGUGGGAGUGAAGUCAAGGCCAGAGAAGAGGCCGUUGGGGGAAGCAGCUAUCGACAGCUGCUGGAGGAGAACAGCAUACUGAGGGAGCGGAUGAAGGGACUUAAGAGCUUAGGUGAUUUACUGGAAGAGUCUCAGUCGGAGGCAUCAAGACUUCGGCAGCGAGUAGAGGAACUUGUGAGAGACAAUGAAGCCUUAAAAUCCUCCAACUUUGCCGGCAGCCUGUGUAUGGGAGGGCCAGUUCCCACUGACACACAAGGCAAACCCUGUUUAAACCCAACUGCAGAGAAGGAGGAGCAAACAAGUUGUUUAGGGAAGACGCUUCAGUCUGAGAAGCCCAAUGACGCCUUAUCAGAGUUUGAGGGGAUGAUUGUGGAGGGAAAGAACUCAGAUGUCUUGACUGCUGGGUCAGUGGCAGGAGCAGCCCCUCUCCUCCCUCAGGAGAACAACGAGCUCGCGAGCCAGCUGAAGAGACUGGAAAGCUCGUUCAGCAUAUUUGCGGAGGAGUCCAACCCAAAUCAGCUCUUAGCCCACCUUGGCCGCAUGGCUGUAGAGUUUCACCACCUCUCCUCUAAGGUCCAAAAGAAUGAACAGCGGACCUCCCUCCUACAGACUCUUUGUGAGCAGCUCAGACAGGAGAACAAUGAACUUCGAAAGAAAAUGGAAGAAGACCAUCAUAUCAGGAAUCGAGACCUGGAACAGCUGAGGCAGGAGAAUCAGAAACUUAAGGAGCUGGUCACAGGAGGAGCAGCAGCAGCACCAUCGACAGCGGCGCCAUCUGAUACUGAGACUCCCGAGGCCAAAGACGAGCAAGUAAAGGAGGAAUCAGCUGCUGUCCGACCUAAAAUGGAGGCUUCCACACCGCAGAAGAGUGGAAAAGCUGCAGAGAAAACCCCAACCAAGCCAUGUGAUGUAGAGGUGUAUGAAAAGAAGAUCAAGCUUUUAGAGAAGCAGAGAAAGGAUGUUCUGGAGGUGAACAAGCAGUGGGACAUUCAGUGGAACUCCAUGAAGUCACAGUUUGAGCAGAAGAUCACAGACCUCAGGCAACGGCUGGCUGAGUCCCAGAAAACUGUGCUGGAGCUGGAGGCCGAGCGGGAGCAGAGGCAGCGCGACUAUGACAAAAAACUCCUUCUGGCCAAAUCCAAGAUCGAGAACGUACAGGGGGAGAAGGAGUGUCUAAACUCUGAGACUACUGAACUGAAGCAGAAGGUUCGAUACCUUCAAGAUCAGCUGCUUCCUCUCAGCAAGCAGAGGGAGUACCAGGAGAAGGAGAUCCAGCGGCUCAACAGGGCCUUAGAGGAAGCCUUAAACCUGCACUCCCCUUCAUCUGCCCAACAACCACCUGGCCAGGGGAACUUUGCAGAUGCAGCAAAUAACUUUAAAAAACAAGAACUUCUAACUCAAAUUGCUGUACUAAAAGAACAGGUAAAAAUCUUUGAGGAGGACUUUAGAAAAGAAAGAAGUGACAGGGAGCGAAUGAAUGAGGAAAAGGAAGAUUUGAGGCGGCAAGUCGAGAGACUCCAGGGUCAGAUUACUAAUUUGACCAAUCAGCUUCAUCAGGCACAGAAUGAGUGUCAGAGGGAACGUACAGAGCGGUGUAAGCUGGAGAGACUCCAGAUGCAGCAUCACAAACAGUUGAAUGAGUUUGUAAACAAAUCGGCACAAGAGCAUCGCUCCAGGCAGCUGCCUCUGGGUGCUUUGUGGACCAGCAGGCGUACUCUGGGUGGGAGGCAGUGGAGGGUCUACAGUGGCCCCCUCCUGGACAUGGCGGCUGCAGCUGGCUGGGAGCUGCAGGCGUGCACCGAUCGGGGAUCACAUGCGUACUUGUGA